AGUUUCUCGUUCCUGAUUCAGAUCGCCUUUGGACUUUGUAGGAGACGUUUGUGCGGCCGCUCCAAAUAUUUAUCUAUAGACUAUAUAGUUGUUUUAUUGUUGCCAGUCAUAGAAAGUAUCCAGAGAUCCCACCAUGUCGAAGCCAGCUCUGUAUUACGCCACUCUGAGCCCCCCAUCCCGCGCCGUUCUGCUCACGGCCAAGGCGAUCGGUCUUGACCUUGAACUACGACCAAUUAACCUGCUGAAGGGUGAGCAUCUGACGCCGGAAUUCCUCAAGCUGAAUCCCCAGCACACGAUCCCUACGCUGAUCGACGGCGAAGCCACGAUCAUAGAUUCGCACGCCAUCUGCGCCUACCUGGUAGAGAAAUUCGGCCAGGAGCAGCAGCAGCUCUACCCGAAAGAUCUGGUGCAGCGCGCCAACGUCGAUGCUCGGCUCCACCUGGACUCCGGCCACCUGUUCGCCCGUCUGCGUUUCCUCUACGAGCCAAUCCUGUACCACGGAUCCACGGACUGCUCAAUCGACAAGAUCGCAUACAUCCAGAAAUGCUGGGAGAUCCUGGAAGGGUUCCUAAAGGAGCAACCGUACCUGUGCGGUAGUGAUUUGACAAUUGCCGACUUCUGCGCGGUGGCCACCGUAACCUCUGUCAAUGAAACCGCACCGAUCGACGAGUUUAAGUUCCCGAAGGUGCAGGCCUGGCUGAAGCGUCUCGCAGAGCUGCCUUACUACCAGGAGGUGAACGGUGAGGGCGCCGAUGAGCUGAAGGCCAUUUUCAAGGCGAAGCUAGCGGAAAACCGCGGGAAGUAGACAGCCGAUCACUCCACUUUUAUUCUGUAUCCACACUUUAUGCAUAUCCAGUUUUGAAUAAACGGCUUAGUUGUCAGUACGACUUCA